AUCGAUACAGUUUUUGAAAAUAAGUUUUUCCCCUAAAUCUCAUUAUAAUCUUCAUUUUAGUUCCAAUUUCAGCAUAAUUUCCAAUUAAUUAGAAAAUAUUUAUAAGAAUUUAAAAUUUAAAGAAAUAAGGGGGAGAAAGGAUUCAAUACGCGGUUAACAACGGCGGCGCGUCGGCACCAAACUAUUGUACUGAAGAUUUGAAGUUAGAUUCAGAUUGAUUUCAGCUUGGACGUACCGAGUUACACAUCUCUAUUGAGGAGGCCUGUCUACUCAGCACUACCAGCAACUGUUGCUUGAUUCUUCAAUCAUGGGCAAAGCUUCAAGAGAUAAGAGGGAUAUAUACUACCGUAAAGCAAAGGAAGAAGGUUGGCGUGCUCGAAGUGCAUUUAAACUUCUUCAGAUAGAUGAGGAAUUUAACAUAUUUGAAGGAGUCGAGAGAGUGGUAGAUUUAUGUGCAGCCCCCGGUAGUUGGAGCCAGGUCCUUAGUAGAAAAUUGCAUCUCCCAGCAAAGCUUUCUCCAGAUUCAAAGGAUGGUGAUCUUCCUCUUAUUGUUGCUAUUGAUUUACAGCCGAUGGCUCCGAUUGAAGGUGUUAUUCAAGUGCAGGGUGAUAUAACAAAUGCUAGGACAGCUGAAGUGGUCAUUAGGCAUUUUGAUGGUUGCAAGGCUGACCUGGUUGUUUGUGAUGGCGCACCUGAUGUUACUGGUCUUCAUGACAUGGACGAGUUUGUUCAGUCUCAGCUCAUACUAGCUGGUUUAACAAUUGUUACGCAUGUACUCAGAGAAGGUGGUAAGUUCAUAGCAAAGAUAUUCCGUGGAAAGGAUACCAGCCUUUUGUAUUGUCAGCUGAAGUUAUUUUUCCCUGUGGUGACUUUUGCAAAACCAAAAAGCAGUCGCAAUUCAAGUAUAGAGGCAUUUGCAGUUUGUGAGAACUAUUCUCCUCCCGAAGGUUUCAAUCCAAAAGAUCUGCAUCGCCUGCUGGAAAAGGUGGGAAGUCCGUCAGGAGGAGAUGACUUGGAUUGCAGUAGUGGGUGGCUGGAAGGUCCCAAUAAAGUUUAUAUCCCAUUUCUUGCCUGUGGGGACCUCAGUGGAUAUGACUCCGACCGUUCAUACCCACUGCCCAGAGGUGCCGAGGGAACUUAUCGGUGCUUAGAUCCUGUGCAGCCUCCUAUCGCCCCUCCUUACAAGAGGGCUCUUGAAAUGAAGAAAGCUUCCAGUCAAGGAAUUCGAGAACUUGAAAAACUUUCCUUGGAUUCCUAAUUAUGCUAUUCAAUGUUUUAGAUAACCAACAAAGUGGCUUGGGAUGGACCGGUGGGUCCCCCGAUUGAGAAUCAACGAACCAUGCUUGCUAAUGGGGAAUCUCUCGGCUAUUCAAAGGCAUGGCCCUCCAAAUUCACAGGUCUAACUCAUCCCUUUCUCUAACUGUUGGCUUCUCAAAAUUUAUGGCCCAAACAUAUCACGCAGAGAGAUUCGUGCUGUCUAGGCCAUUCAUUCCUUGACGAGAUGCCAUUAUUUAGGCCUUCAAUGGUGGUUGUUCCAUCCAGUUCCUUCAUUUAUAGACAUCACUGAACAAGAAUAACUCAGCCAAAUAUCUGCUCGUGUUCACGCAUUUAGACAAGAAAAUUAUCGGGCUUCGAAGGCAGAAACUCUAUUAUCAUCUGCUAAAGCAUCAUCUUACAGAGACGGGCACGCAAAAGAAUGUCUAAAAUAUCGACCAAAUUUUACAUGC